AACUCAUAGAUAUUUAUAAUAUGAUUAAAUAAUUUGAUGAAGGAGUAUCUGAAAGUAAUAAUUUAAAUUUCUCAAUAGUACAAUACUAACAUACCAGCUGAUAUGUUAGUAUUGAGAAAUUUAAAUAUUAUAUACUAGUAUACCCAUUCAAAAUGGCCGCCGAUAAGUCUGCAGCAAUGGAUACAUUUAAAAGGUUUGAUAUUGACAAAAACGGUUUGAUAUCUUACGACGAACUGGAAGCGCUCUUUUCGGAGAUUGGUGGCUUUGCCUCAAAGGAAGACCUCAGGAAAAUCAUCGAAAGUGUGGACGAGGAUAACGACGGUUGCAUCAAUUUCCAAGAGUUCCUGGCCCUGAGCAUGAAAUUGCAGUCCGAACAAACAGAGCAGAGUCUCCAGAAACUAUUCUCGACUAUUGACAGUGAUGGAGACAGGUUUUUGACAAGGGAUGAACUUUGUCAGGGCAUGACCAAGUUCCUCGGUAAGGCUCCCACAGAAUCACAGCUGGAUACAGCUCUGCAAGUCUUGGACACUAACAUGGACAAUAAAAUAAGCUACAAGGAGUUCGCUGACAGUAUCCUCUGUAGGCUCCACGCAAUUAUACUGGAAGAGGAACCGAGUUAGCUUCUAUCCAAGUCAUAGCUCUUAGAGUCACGAACUAAUUGUAGUCGCAGCCGAGAUUAUAUUUAUACCACUGUUGCACUAUAUUGGAAAAAUACAUACCAAAAUCGCUUAUUUUUGGGCGUUAUUAGUAACGCGAUUAAUGUUUUAACGGAAUUUCAUAGUUUAGCAAAUUUGUUCGAUCUUGUACAACAUUGACCCAACUGUGUGCAACAUUUAUAAAGUCUUGACAACAUUUCGGUCUCAGUUGUUUCAGUUAUGGAAGAUUUAAUGAUUUUUUGGGACAACCGCAGAACCCUGCUGUUGUUUUACUUACAUUAAUUAAUUAUGCUACUUUUACGUAUGAUCAAUAUUUCAUGGAUGUUUAUCUUUUCUGUUCGGGUUCCGUUAUAAAUAUAUUGUGUUUGCUUCUUAUGGGCAUGCCAGCUUUGUUUCGAAAAAGUAGAUUUUAGGUUCAGAUAGAGAUUUGACAAAUAUAUCAGUUCUUGUAGUUUUAUAAUUUGUACGACUUCCAUUUUCA